ACUUGUGGCUUUUUUCAUCUGUGUCUCAUUAUGGUAAUCUGCCGCCGCUGCGGUUGAAAUUUGUAUCUGGAUCGCCGACAGCUUUAACGGUGGCUUCAACCACGGAAGGAAUAAGGUCCUUGCUGGCGGAACUGGAGAUGCCGUCCAGUCGCGGGCCGUCGGGGACGCUGCCGAGGUCGGAGUCCGAGAUCGUGGUGGACUUCGCUCGCCAGCAGAGUUCGGAGGAUGACAUGAGUCACGACUCGCUCAACGAGGGCGAUUGUCAGAGUCAGAGUGAGCGCCGUGACUCAAAGAACAUCUCUCGGGACUCCCUCUACAUGGACGAGUCCGACGGCGACGGCGGCUGGUCCCGAAGGGCGUCGCAGGGCGAGAAGAGUUUCCAGGACGACCUCGAGUCGGACAACUGGCACCGUGAGAAGGCCGAGGGCAACGCCUCCCGCGGCUCCGUCAAGGUGGUCGACAGCAACAUGAAGCGACGCAUCACGGACGAGAUCUAUGGCAAGCAGCCCUCGCCCAUCAGCUCGCCCACCUACUCUUUCAGGAGCACCAUCGACCUCCUGCCCUCCUCCAGGAAGCGCCGCGGACUCCGCCAACAGGUGGUCGUGACAUUUGCCUGUUGUCUGGGCCCCCUCGCCUGUGGUUUCGCCCUCGCCUACAACAUGACGAAGAACCCGGCAGAGCUGAUGAGACCUUCCCUCGGCGCAUGGAAGACCUACGUGUACCUCCUGGGAUGUCUCGCAGGAGGCUUCUUCUCCGGGUGUCUGGCCAACUACGGCAGGAAGGUCGUGUUGCUCCUGACGAUGGUUCCCUUGGCACUGAGUUGGCUCUUCGUUAUCUUCGCCAUGCAGGUGUGGAUGGUGUUCUUGUUCCACGCAACGUCGGGCGUGUGUACUGGCAUCAUCAUGGUCAUCGCGCAGGUGUAUGUUGCUGAGGUAUCUGUACCACGGAUUAGGGGCGCCAUCUCGUCGGCUCCGCUUCUCGCCUUCCAGGUUGGUUGUCUUCUGUGCUUCUUGCUGGGCGAAAUCCUCGUGUGGAAGAACCUGGCGAUUGUUGGGAUUUGCACGACUAUGCCCUUCUUCGUGUCGGUUGUGCUGUGCAUGCCGGAGUCGCCAAGGUUCCUCAUUCACGUUCGCCCCAACGACGCGCUCUCGACGCUCCAGUGGCUGCGAGGCGUCGAAAACGACGUCAUGGAGGAAUAUCACGAGAUCACCAACAGCUGCGAAAUCGACCGGUGGAGAAUCGCCUGCGAGGACCUCAUUCGACCCACGUUCUGGCGCCCGCUGCUUAUCUCCUGCGGCCUCAUGUUCCUUUACAACAUGACCGGUGUGGCGAGCUUUACGCUCUACGGAAUGGAGCUCUUCUCCAAGAUAUCGAGCUCGUACAACAACGCGGCCUACUUCAUCGUGACGGUCGUGCUCAUCGUCGCCAUCACCCUCUCGGCUCUGCUCGUCGACCACAUCGGCAGGAAGCUUCUCCUGCUCCUCUCCCUCACCAUCAUGGCGGCCUCGGCCUUCGUGCUCGGCCUCUUCCUUUUCCUCAAGGACCUGCACAAAGUAGAGAACUACUUCACGUACCAGUGGAUCGCCGAGGUGUUCUGCGUGGUCCUGUUCACGUUCGCCCACGGGACCGGCGUGGGGCCCAUCGCCUGGGUCACCCUCGGGGAGAUCUUUGGCUCCCGCCAGAAGUGGAUCGGCGUGUCCGCGGCGUCCAUGGUCAUGUGGUCGUCCAUGCUCGCCGUCGACGUGGUGUUCCACAAGAUCCGCAUUGCCGUAGCGACCGGGGGCAUUUUCUGGUUCCACUGCGUCGUCUGCGUCGCCGGCUACAUAUUCGUCCUUGUGUGCUUCCGAGAACUGAAGGAGCAGCGGAUCGAUGACAUUACCAAGUCCUUUACGAGGAAACACGAUAAUUUGAUUGAAACUUUCAUUGCUAGACUGUAAGAGGCAUUUUCUUCUCCCGGAGCAACGGGAAGGGGUGGCAGGAAGAGAAGGCAUGGAAAAAAGGGUAAAAUAGAUAGAGAUGAUGAUAGAGAGAAUGAGGGGAGAAAGGGACACAGACAUACAGACAAACCGACAGACAGACAGACAAGCAGACAAAGGACGAGGGAGAUCCAGACACAUUGACAGACAAGAGAUAGAGACUGAGGAAAUAACAGCUGAAUAGAGAGAGAGCGCGAGACAGAGAGAGAUGCCAUGACAACAAAUCUUUCCUCUUUAUACUUUAAAUAUUACAUAUUGAUUUAUACCUUAUGUACCCGAAAGAUUUACGUGUAAAUAUGUACAUACAUUAAACAGGUUUGAAAAUCAAAAAUAAAUCAAACCUGUUUUCAGUCUAGUUUUCUUCUUGGCAAAACAUUUUCUGUAAUAUGUUAUUUAUGUUGUUAGUUUUUCUUUUUCUUCUGAAUUAUUUUUAUAUCCUCUUAUCUUUAUUUAUUUUGUAUAUUUUGUAGAUGUAGAACGUUUUUGUUAGAUGAGAGCUAGUGAAGUAACUGUUUAUUAUCAUUCAAACUUGUGCUUAAUUAUCAUAAUAACCAAAAGAAGCGUCAUUAACAUACAUUGCACCGAACGACUGUUAUAAAUCAAAAAUCAAUAAAAGAGAAAAAAAAAACAUAUGAAAUAUUCUAGCCUGUGUACUGUGAUAAGUAGAUAAGUAGAUAAGCCCGAUGAAUGCAAUAUGAACACAACAUAAAUAAGGCCUUUUUUAUGCAUAUCUGAUUAUCAGCCUAAGUGGACUUUUAUAUUCA